AUGCUCAUCGAUGGCGAGAAGUGGGCUUGUGAAGCUUGCGUCCGGGGUCACCGUGUCAGCAGCUGUCACCAUAGUGACCGCCCCCUGACCCACAUCAAUAAAAAAGGCCGCCCAGUCUCUCAAUGCACUCACUGCCGCGGCCUACGCAAGUCACGGACAACCCACACCAAGUGCGAGUGUGGUGACAAGAAAAAGAAUAGCCACAAGCAUGAUUCGGAUCCCCACGCCGUUGACAAGCGGGAUCUAAAGCAGGACUCCCGUCCAAGAUGCGCCUGCACUCAUGGAUUGCGUUGCACCUGUGCGCUGAAAAAGGAACCCCACCUAGAUCCUGUCCCGGAGACGGGCCUCCCUCCGCCGGCACAUGCCAUGUUGUCGGAGCCCCCGAAGAAGCCUCAAUUGACCUCAACCAAGUCCGAUACCUCGCUGACCAUCUUCCGCGAUGGCCACCACAAGCCGGCCCACAAGCACAAUGACAUGGCCCACAAGUGCGGACUUCCCUACACGAUACCCCGGUCCCACACCAUCCACUCCACGUGCGACGUGGCCCGGCGGUCAAUCGACCAUCUGCCUUUGACCCAAGCGACCCUGAUGAACGAGGCUUUUCCCAAUCUCCCAGACCAGAUGCCCUCCCUUGGUCCCCAGCGCCGCGUCAAAUCCGAACAUGGCUCCCCCGAGAGUGCCCCGGUUCUAGCCACGGACGAUGUCCCGACGUCCGUGCCCCCGCUUGAUCUCUCGUCCUUUUUCCCCCAGGCUCAACCCUUGGAUGAGUCCGUGGAUCGUGUCGCGCCAGAACCGGUUUCGGUGCAACCGCUGAAUCAACUCGUGACCAGUAUGCCGCCACUCGACGUCUCGUCAUACGCCACCUUCUCGACGACGGCUACCUCCCCGGUGAACUGCAUGGCCUUCCAGGAUCCCUACAAGGAUUCCUACUUCACGUCCCCGGAUACUGAGCUGCCGCUGAGCUCCACGGGAUUCAGCGCCCCCCCAGUGGAUUGGUCGAGUUUUCCGCUGUACUCCUCGGACGUUCCGGCCGCCACCAGCACCCAGGCUCCGUCCUACGCCAGCUUCGAUUACAACUCGAUGGGCCCGGGGCUGCCCGCUCCUUCGUCUUCGGGUGAUAUCUCGGAGGUGGAGGAUUUCGGGUUCUCGGGCCUCGGGAACGCGGGCGGUGAUCUGCACGACCUCAAUAGCGGAAGCGAGGGGUCGGAUAUGGAGAAUUUGCGCAUCAGCUCCGCGUCAUCCUUCAUCGGACUGCCACAGGCGCAGCUCCUGUCAUCGAAUCACCUGGAAUCGAUCGACAUCGACGACUUCCUCAAGUCCGCCAACGAGUCCACUGCAGCGCUAGAGCACCAGCUCCAGGCUAACAUGGGCAUGGAGUCCAAGCCGCUUCCGUCGCAGGACGGUUAUGCCAUGUCGGAGGCGCAGGGGUUCAAGGCGAUGACGGCGGCCAGCUCGAACCUACCCAUGACGACGUCUGCAGGGGAGUCCCUGUGGCCGGCAGCGUUGUUCGAUCCGGGGGCGACGACGAUGGAUGACAGUUACUUUCCGCCACCAUGGGGACAAUGA